AUGAAAAUAAAAAUACGAAUCACUAAGGAGGCUCUCAGUUCCUGUGAUCAUCAGUUCUCAAGGUUUCAUGCUUUCCUUAAGUGUAAUGAGUCCAAACCAGAGUGUGGCCGCCAGACACUAUCAGAACUACUGAUAACACCAGUACAAAGAAUACCAAGGAUCAUAUUAUUACUACAAGAUUUAUUAAAGCGUACUGAUACUGGCCACAUUGAUUACAAGCAGUUGGAGGAAUCAGUUGAAAAACUUAAGAAUGUAAUGGAACACAUAAAUGAAGACAAGAGGAAGACAGAGAAGCAGAUGCACAUGUUUGAACUUAUACGUGACAUUGAGGACGUCCCGGCGACGGUCCUUUCAUCUCAUCGUUGGUUUAUUUCAAGACAUGAUGUGUUGGAGUUAAAUAUUAGCAAUAAUGGAAAGACUAAUAAACCAUUGUCUAUAGCAUUGUUCCUCUUCUCUGACAGCAUUGAGAUUGCUAAGAUAAGAAGUGGUCAUGGUUUUGUUGCUAUGAAGGACUCAUACAAACCAUACAGACACUUGGAGUUUCUCACAUAUUCUAAUAUUAGAUCAGUCAUUGAUUUCACAGACAGCGAAGAUGUUGUUAAUGGUUUUGGUCUGUUAGUCCAUUGGUCUGAUGAUCCUCAGGAGAGAUUAUUAACUUUUAAAAUUAACGGAGACUCAUCAAUUAAAACAGAACUAAUUAAUAAAAUAUCUCAAAUGAUGUGUACCAGUAACUGUGCCCCAUCUCCAGAUAUGUUUGUAUGGAAGACCUCAUCAGAUAUAUUACACUCAAUGCCAAAGACUGGAGGUAGCAUUGGACCCAUUGAUACUGGAACCAUUAAAAGAGCAUUCACGUAA